CCUCAAACGCGCAAAAUGACCGCCCCGCGCAUCAAACGAGUGCGUGUCCACAAACUAAAACUUGGUAAAGUUUCAGCCAUUUUUCACCGCGUUGACCCCCCUAAUAAAUAUCCCGAAUUGUCUCAUCUUCAACCAUUAUUAUCCAAAACAUUUUGAAUCCUCUGUUUUUGGUUGAAAAAAAAUCACAAAGUUGAUUUCCAAUGGAGUUUCCUCAUGAUAAAGAUCACACCAAAAAACCCAACAAAACCAGUAAUCACCCAACACCAUCUUCCUCCGAACUUCUGUCCAGUGCCAAAAUCGUGGCCAACGCCGCCAAAUCCCAAUUCAAUCAUGACCCCAAUUACAAGUUUGACAAGGCGGAGGUCGCCGGAGCCGCCGAGAACAUCCUCCACGCCGCCUCCCAGUACGGGAAGCUAGACGAGAAGGGCGGCGGAUUGGGGAAGAUGGUGGGCCAGGCCGAGAAUUACCUCCACAAGUACCACUCCUCUCAAUCCACCACCACCACUACGACGACCACUAAUCCGGGUCACUCCACCACCACUACCCACACGACGGGGACGAAGCCUCACAAGGAGGAGCACGGUGGUUCCGGCGGUGGGUACGGAGAUUAUAUCAAGAUGGCUGAAGGGCUGAUGAACAAGCAUUCUGGAAGUAGUGGUGAAGGGGGACAUUCUUCUGGUGGGAAAUAUGGAGAUUAUAUCAAGAUGGCUGAAGGGUUCUUGAAGAAGUGAUCGGGAUGGACAUGGAGAUUUCUUGAAGAAAAAGUAUCAAUUUACAUUUAGCUUUAAUGUUUUCUGAAUCCAGUUGUCUUAUGCUUUUUAGAGGAAAUUUAUGGGCAAUGGUUAGACCUCUCUGUAUCCAUGGGUUAAUUCGUUUGAUCCAAAUAACAUGAACAAAUUGAAGUGUUUAAUCUGAUUCUGGAGUUCAGUUUUUCUUUAUGAGCUUCUGCUGUUGAUGUUUCUUUGCUGAAAAUGGUCUUAAAAGUAGCAAACAAGAAGAAUCAAAUCGACCCAACUUUUAAAAGCAUCAUCGAAACAAACACACAUAUUUUUCUGUCUUCCACUGAUGUAGUAAUAAUCUUUGAGCAGGGUCGUCUUCUACAAUAGACAGAAGUAACAGUAUCUGAAUUUACGUCAUCAUUCAUCAAGUUCAGUAACCAGUGC